AUGAGUUCGCCUACUCCGGGCGCUAAAACGCCUGGAAAAAGGCACCGGCCUCCAAAGCUCCGCGGCGAUGGCCGAGAGCCGCGACAGCUAGUUCGCUGGGAUAAUGACCUGGACAUUCAGCUGCUGUUAACUGUUCAGCAAUCUUGCAAUGCAACGGGCGUUAAGAUCCCAUGGUCGCUGUGUGCCGAGACAAUGGGCACCAAAUUCACCGAAGGCGCUAUCAUUCAGCACCUGUCAAAGCUGCGCACCCGCCGUGAGGCCGAGAACAAGCCUGUGCCCCCUCCACUUCGCCGAUCCAUUCCAGCUGCAGCAAAUGCCACUGGCAAGACAAGCCGCAAGAAGUCAACUUCCAAGAGGGAUAAUGAGCAGGCGCCAAGCUCCGAUGGUGAUCUGACUGACGAUGAGCCUAUUGACUGGACUAGCGAGGAGGAGAACCAGAACCCCAAGCGUCGACGCAAGAGCAAGAAAAACUCUGACCCAGCUUGGAAGCGUUCUCAUCUUCCCCGUAAAGAAAGUCAUCGCUUGAAGGGGCGCGACCGUCGUGUCAGCGCUACUUCACAGAAGCGCAAGGACCAUGAUGUCAGCGACGCCCACGAUGAGGGUUCUGACGAAGAUGCCCUCAUGUGUGUUGGAGCCCCUUUCCUCAACUUUGGUAACAAUUCUGAUGAAGAUCCUGAUUAUGACAGCGGUGAUGAAAGUAUCUCAGUCAGCAACUUCAAUGGUGAAAGCGAGAAUUAUGAGGGAUCCAAGAUUGUCUGCUUGCCUAUCGAUGCCAACGCUCUUUACAACCUUUCAGUUUCCGGUCAUGUUGGAGGGGCUCCCAUGGAAAUGACUCCUGAUCAAUCCACCCCAGGAACGGGCAGCCAGCAGAUCCACUCCUCUCCUUCCAACCUUGGAGGACAUGGAUCCCAGCUUAUGUCUCCAGUUUCCUAUCGCUCCCACGCCGUUUACCUGGGUAAUGGCCCCAAUCCGUUCAACAUCUACUCGAACCCAACUCUUUCUCAAGUCGCCUACCCCACUGAACAGCAGUCCCCUGUAGUUACAGGUGGUUUUGGCCACGGCAAUCCUAAUGGGCCGCCAUUCCAGGCUAUCGCUAGAGGAUCUCGCCCAAUGAGCCCUUAUGAGGAAUCUGUCGCCCCGCAGUUCAUGGGGGCCCCGACUGGGUUUGUCCAGCAGCCAUCCUAUCUUCAUCCUGCCGGAAUGCAUGCCAACGUGAACCCGCCCGUUUUGGGGGGAAACACCGGAAAUGGUGCGGAGAAUUGGAAUCAAUACCUCAAUUGGGAUGAAUCCGCCGAUUCUUCCUCCUAUGCGCCUGCCUCUAUGUUCGCUGAGUACAAUGAAGGGACCGCUGCCGAAGAUGAUAUGAUGGGAUCGAUUGAGAAAACCGACGCGAUAGAUCCCACCUUGCGUGACGACGAUGAUUUCAAUUUCUAUGAAUCAAAGAACAUCUACUAG